CCCUCUUCUCCCCCCUCCAUCCCUUGGCGCCUAUAAUGACUAGGCGGUCUGAGGCUAAGUGGUAGUUUGGCCACGGUGGGGGGGCUUAGAAACCACGCCUGCUUCUGGGGCCCUACUGACCAUUCCCAGCAACCCCUGUCCCUCCAUUGUUAAGAUGGGUCUGAAGGGCGCUUGGUGUUUCCCGUGGUGUGGGUGCCGGAGACAGCGGGGGACUGAACAAGGAGCAGACCUGGAUCCUGCUGCCCCUCCAGAUGCCAGCCCAGCUGUUGUUCCUAUUGUGACUGAAGGAGGGCUGUCUUCUCAGGGCACUGGUGCCUACUUCAGCAGGAAAGCCCGACUCUCCUUCCGCCACCAGCUGCAUGAUGUGGCCUCAGCCAAUGACUCUACCAUUUGAAGGGGACCAUCAGGGGGACUGAACUUCCAGAAGACUUGG